UGAAUCUUACUCUGUGUGUGCGUGUAAAGGUCGUGUCGAAUCUGACGUUGCGAAAUGUAAUUUGUGUUUCCAUUGCAGUGACCGAUACCAUGGCAGCCACAAAAGCCGCUAAAGAACAGAAAUACGACAGGCAGCUCAGGUUGUGGGGUGACCAUGGUCAAGAAGCUCUUGAGAAUGCCCAUGUGUGUCUUAUAAAUGCUACAGCAACUGGGACAGAGAUACUCAAAAACCUUGUGCUUCCUGGCAUUGGAGCGUUCACCAUAGUUGAUGGAAACACAGUUUCUGGGGAAGAUGUCGGAAACAAUUUUUUCCUGAGCAGCAACAGCAUCGGCAAGAAUAGAGCACAGGCUGCCACAGAGCUGCUCCAAGAACUGAACAAUGAUGUAUCGGGUAACUUUGUUGAGGAGAGUCCUGACAUGCUCCUGGAUAACAAUCCAGAGUUCUUCCAUAGAUUUACCAUCGUUAUCGGUGUGCAGUUGCCUGAAAGCACAUGUUUAAGGCUAGGUUCAGUUCUGUGGAGUGCAUCAGUACCUUUCUUGCUUUGUAAAACAUAUGGCCUUAUUGGCUACAUGAGGCUUGUGGUGCAGGAGCACACAGUGAUCGAGUCACACCCCGACAAUGCUUUGGAGGACCUGAGGUUAGACCAGCCCUUUGCUGAAUUCCAGAAGCACAUUCAGUCCUAUGACCUUGACAGCAUGGAUAAAAAGGAUCACAGUCACACACCUUGGAUUGUCAUUGUUGCUAAAUACCUUGAAAAAUGGCUCAGUGAGAAUGACUCUCAGCCCCCCAGAAAUUACAAGGAGAAAGAGGCCUUCAGACAAAUUAUUCGGGAAGGUACCCUGAAGAAUGAGAAUGGUGUCCCAGAGGAUGAGGAAAACUUUGAGGAAGCCAUUAAGAAUGUCAAUACUGCUUUAAAUCCUACCAAGAUCCCUAGUGGUGUUAAAGACCUAUUCAAUAACGAUCAGUGUAACAACAUAACAUCACAGACUACAUCCUUCUGGGUGAUGCUGCGAGCUGUGAGGGAGUUUGUACACAAUGAAGGCCAAGGCAGUCUACCUGUGCGGGGGACCAUACCAGAUAUGAUUGCAGACUCGCAGAAGUUUAUCAAACUUCAGAAUGUUUACCGGGAAAAGGCUCUGCAGGAUGCAGAAACUGUUGCCGGAUAUGUUGAAAGUCUGAUGCAGUCUGUUGGAAAGGCACCUGAAAGCAUAACUGACAAAGACAUCAGACUCUUCUGCAAGAAUGCGUCCUUCCUUCGCGUGGUGCACUGCAGAUCUCUAGCAGCAGAGCACAGUGUGGAUUCAGUUAACAGAGAUGAAAUAACCUCGUGCAUGGACAAUCCUGAUAGUGAGAUGGUGUUCUACCUGAUGCUUCGAGCUGUCGAUCGCUUCUACCAACAGCACUCCCGCUACCCUGGAGUGUAUAACUACCAAGUAGAAGAAGACAUCAGCAAGCUGAAACUGUGCGUCACCAGCCUGCUGCAAGAGUACAACCUCAAUGUCAACAUUAAGGAUGAUUAUGUACAUGAGUUCUGUCGGUAUGGUGCAGCAGAGCCGCAUACAGUUGCUGCAUUUAUGGGAGGCUCAGCUGCACAAGAAGCCAUUAAGAUCAUCAGCCACCAGUUUGUGCCCUUCAACAACACUUUCAUCUAUAAUGCCAUGUCACAGACCUCUGCUACUUUACAGCUGUGAGGUACUCAUUCUGACCUAAUUUACAGACACAGCGAGAAGAUGUAGCAUUUAUUAACAGAUUGAAUGGAAAUUGUCAACUGUACAUAAGUGCUUUUUUUAAAUGCUUUUUGGGGAUUCUUUUACUGUUAAACACGUGCACUUAAACUUAAACGUCAACCCGAACAAGUAGACAACAUGAACCGGAUGUAAUCAUGUAGAACCCACUGAGAUGGAUAUUCAAUAUGGUUAUUUAACAAUAUGGUCGACCCUCAUUAUAUUGCAGUUUGAGCAUCACUUUGUCACUCUACAGCGGUUUUUCAAACAAUUAAUAAAUGGUCACUGUUUUCUGCUUGACUACGGCCUAUUAUUACUUAUAAAUGUGCAGAUUUAAGCAAAUUGUAAAUCUUGUUUGGGUCAAAUUACGCAUUUUCAAGCAUAAAAAUGUACAGUACAAUCCAUUAAAGGGGACCUAUUAUGCUUUUUAUACUUUUCUGACCUAUAAAUGCAGUUGGAAUGUUUUAUUCUCAUGCUAUACGAUGCCAAAGUUUCAGAUAAUGAGGCUUGUGCAUUUGGAAGUGAUUGCGAUGUUUGAAUAUUGUGAUGGUUCAAAGCGCUCUGUUUCAAAAGGUGUGGUAAAGCUGUCACUUCCUCCUAUCAGUGAAGUGGGCAUGCCCGGAGACGGGCUGUGGGUGGAAUAAAUAGCAAAUACAGCUGGAAUAGUUGCAGAUUCUGCAAAAUCUAAAACAUUUUCUGUGCUGGUUAUUGUGUGUAGCUGCUCUAUAGUAGUAUAAUACACAGGAUUGAAAAAUGAACAUAAUAGGUCCCCUUUAUAACCACAACUUGUGGAUGUAGUAGUCUACAUUGGUCACUAGGUGUCAGUAGUUGUUUGGUGAGACAACCAUUGAAGCACCAGUUUUGAACAGCUGACUUUUAUUGCAGGUUUAAAUCACCUCACAAUCUGCACAAUAAUACUAACGCCAUUAUAACAUGGCUUACUGUUGCGAUCAUAACCCAUAACAAGCUAAAAGUCAACUCUGCUCCCCGUACAAGGUAAAUUAAAUGGCUGAAUUGUAUACACUAUUUGGUAAUAAUAAUGUUAUUUCAUGUCUAGAUGGCUCUAACAAUUAAUUAAUUCAGUCUGGAACGUGUCUGGAGCUAAUUAACCAUAUAAAUGAGGGAUUACUGCAGUAUAUAUCGUGACUUUUUUAAUUUUUAAUUUUACUGCACUAUGGAUAGAGCAAGGUGGAUUUUUUUUUUCUAAAACUAAUGCCACAUUCUUUCAAACACUCACAUUUUUACCCAAUAUUUUCUUCUUUCAGUCAAUUGUGACAUAAAAGUAUUUCUGUAUGCUUUGGACAACUGUCCAAAUUGUUGUGAUUUUCUACUCGGUCAGGCUUUAGCCCAAGUGUUUUAAAUGUCCUCAUAAAUGCAAAUAGCAUAAGCAUUGAAGGUCUGCUUUUCACCAGUAGGUGGCACACUUUCAUUGACAGCUCAGCAUUCAGUUCAAAGUACAUUGUUGCCUAACAGAUUAGGUACAGUACAGUACACACUGAAAUGUGAUGCUAACAGCAUUGUCAUGAACACUUUGUCACGUACUUUCUAACUUCAUUAAUCUGCUGGAUCAGUUCCUUCUUUUAUUCAGAGUUAUUUCUGUAAGAGUUCAUUGACCGCCGUAUAUGUCUCCAUGGAUUAAAUCACACUUGAUAUAUGUCAUUGUUAAAACUUUAUUUGCUUUGCUUAUGCUUUAUGUGCAAUCUGCAUUAAGAAGAAAAGCGUUCAAGCAUUGUCAUUUGACCAAUGUAACCACACCCAUUAAUAAACAUUAGGACAGCUAUUGGCUUAUCAAACAUCAAUAUUUAAAUAUAGUAUGUAAAAUCCUUCAUGUGUUGUAUGGCCUUUUUAAUUUGACACUUUUCUGCUAUGGAUUUAUGGUAAUGGUAAUGGUUUAAUUUCAUUUGAACAUGCAUCAGAUUACAAUUGAAUGCAUCACAUAAUCAGUUCACAGUUCCACAUGUCCAAAAGGAGUAGGAAGAAGCAAAGCUUAUUAAAUCCUACCCCUUCAUCUGGUACUGUUACAUUUGUUCACUUCCUGCUGUUCAUAAUACAGUAAUUUAUGUAUUACUUUCUGUUAAUUUGCAUCUAAUUGAACAUAACUGAAAUUGGCUGUUUGCUUUCCAUCGCUGCUACAUUCAUCAUUUUUGUAAUAAUACAAUUACAUAUGGAUACUGCGGCUGGAUAAUGUAGUUGUACAUUUCUGUGCCAGAAUAAAUAGAAUGAUGAGGAAUCUGCUGUUUCUACAUAAGCUAGCAUUUGAUUAUAGUGAGGUGAUUUACAAAUAUGGCAAAGUAGCUUAUUACGUGAUGUCAAAGCUAAAUCAAAUUGUAAUCAAGUAAAAGUGGAAGUUGAAUGUCAUUUUUAGAAUCUAUAGAUGCAUUAAACGCAUUUUUUCUUACAACUAACCUGCAUAUUAUACAUUGAUUAAAAAUACCCACUGAAAAGUGCUAUUUAUAGAUAGGAUUUAAAAAGAAAACUCAAAACACUGACACGUCAUCUGCAUCAUCUAAAGAUCAGCCAAAAGGGUACCUGCCCUCCUAGCGUCUUUGAUUGAAAUACAGCUCAAUGCGCAUCUUAAGGCAGAGAUCACACUGACAGGAAGUUCUUGUAAACUAGGGGUCUCAAACUCGCGGCCCGCGGGCCAAAUGAGACGCUAGUUUGAGGCCCCCACCUUGAUACCAAAGUUUAAUGUUGAAAUGUGUGUGCACACCGGACACAAUUAACAUGAUUUUGCCCCGCCCAUACUGUUACCCUACCCUGUUACCCCGCCCUGUUUUGCUUUGGAUUAGCAAUGAAGCUAAAGGCUUAUGACGCUGGGUACAAAUAAAUGCAGGAAAUGAUUUGGAAUAAAACGUGAAAAUACACGUCAAGAUAAAGCAUCUCAUCAAACAUGUUGUUAAAGUUACCACGCUGCUCCCAGAUGGAACUGAGUACGAUGCUAACUUGCUAAUUGGGUAAAAAUUAUUAAGUUUCAUUAAUGUUCAUGUUGAAGGUUAAAUAACUGUUAAUACUGUACAUUUGAAUCUGAAAAAAAUAAUCUCUCUACCAACUGUAUGUGCUUUCUUACCUUUUUCUUAUUUGCUGUUUUAUUAUUUUACUUAUUUAUUACUGAUUGUUGAUUUAUUGUCUUUAUUCCUAAUUUGUUUAUUUAUUUAUUUUUUAUCUUAUUUUGUGUAUAUAAAAAUAAAAAUUAAGAUAUUUGAGAACAGUGGAAUGUUUUAUCAGAUAUUUUGGUGUGGAAAACCGGAACCAAAGUACUGAAAAAGUGUAGGGUAUAGCAGAAGCAAAAGCAUUGAAGAUAGUUUUUAUUGAUUUUUUUUCCAGUUUUUAAUAAAUGUGUUUUGUUUUGUUUUUUUAAAAAACCUGAUGCGGCCCGGAUUCACCCAGAACCUAGCUCCGGUGGCCCCCAGGUAAAUGGAGUUUGAGACCCCUGUUGUAAACAAUAGUUGUAUUUGCUUUUUUUUCAUAUGUAUUAUUAGUAAAUGCUGUUUAAUUACUUUGUAUUGUUGUUUGUUCUUGAGGGUACAUUGUUGACAGAUAUUGUCACUAAUAAUUUCUUGUAUUGGUAUAUGAUGAUAUGAUAUGAUAUAUGAUAGUGCUCCAGCAUCCGGGGAAAAAAAAGUUGGGCCCCAAACAGAUUCUUUCCAUUGUGCAGUACAUCCGCCGGAUCCAGAACUGAACGGACCUAAUGUGUGCCUACGACAGGAUUUCAAUCUUGCGGAAUGCUUCAAUGUGAACCUGGAAUAAGGCUAGACUUAAAAUUGCUUUGGUUUUAUUUUCUCACGCUGUGUUGCUUCUGUACAUUGUCAACAUUUCAUGGCUAUGAUGAGUCCUGUAUUUAUCUUCAAGCAGCAAGAGAGACCAGUGGAUGUGUGCAGCGGGGGUGGGGCCAUUAAUGCAAAAAAAUCAAUCCGUAAAUCAGAAGCACCGCCUGCAGAAGAGCAACAUGGCGGCCAAUGAGUCUCACUGGUGGCUACCAGCAAUAAAAAUAGAGGAAAUGUAGGCGGCAACAUGAGUCAGCUGCAAACAUAAAGGGAAAUCGUGCAAUAAAAGCGGUCUGCUUUACCUGCGCCUGAAGGACUAAAGACUUCAGUGUCAACGAUUAAAAACUUGUUUCCUGAUGGCUCAUCGCUGCUACUUCGGACCAUUGGCCUGGCUGUGGUCCAACUAGUUCAGCCCUCACCUCCUCAUAAGACCCAAGCUGAAUGGAAAGCGGCUUGCCAAAAGCAGAGCAGAAUGUUCAGUGUUUGCCGGGAGACUGCAGGAGGCCAGCAUACUUUAAACCUCUCAGGGGUCGACAGAGGGCCUCUCCAUUCUUCCUACAAACAGAUGGAGCUGUGACACUGGAAUGUGAAAGUACUAUACACACAAACCCAUAUGGAAAUGAACAAAAUGCAUUUUGCCACAAACUAAUCACAAUAAAACUUUUAAAUUGUACACUAUGGUUGAUUAGUCUAUAAUUAGGCUAAAAUACCACAGCACAUUGUUAAACCCAACGUUAAGCCUGCAUGUCAGCAGCUGCACUUAAAAACAAUGCAAGCUAGACAAAGUCUGAGG